UUCCAAUCAACCUCUAUAAAACCCUGUUUUCUAGAUCUCAAACAGCAUCAAACUCUGCUUUCUUUCACAAAAUGGCAGCAACCGGCUUUCUCGGUAUUAUCAUUCUCAUUAUCACCUUUAGUAUAGGUUCAACUGAUGCUCAAUUACAGAUGAAUUUCUACGCUAAAACCUGCCCCAAAGCUGAGGAAAUCAUCUCAGAUUACGUUAAACAACACAUCCCCAAUGCCCCAUCACUGGCUGCCACCCUCAUUCGAAUGCACUUCCAUGAUUGCUUCGUCAGGGGCUGUGAUGCUUCAGUGCUUUUAAACUCCACAAAUGGCGAAAAGAAUGCUGUCCCGAAUCAAACACUUAGGGGCUUCGAUUUCAUCGACAGAGUGAAAAGCCUCCUCGAAGCAGAAUGUCCCGGCGUUGUCUCAUGUGCCGACAUAAUCACUUUAGUUGCCCGGGACUCGAUCGUCACCGCCGGUGGUCCAUCUUGGCAAGUUCCAACAGGAAGAAGAGACGGAGUGAUCUCCAAUGUCACCGAAGCAAACAACAACAUUCCAGCCCCUUUCAGCAACUUCACAACUCUCCUUAGACUAUUCAACAACCAAGGACUCGAUACGAACGACUUGGUUCUCCUCUCGGGGGCUCACACCAUCGGCAUAGCUCACUGCCCUGCGUUUUCGCGUCGGUUGUACAACUCGACCGGCCCCGGUGGAGUUGACCCGACGCUCGACAGCGAAUACGCCGCUAAUCUAAAGGCGAACAAGUGUAGGACACCCAACGACAACACCACAAAAGUAGAGAUGGACCCUGGGAGCCGUAAGUCCUUCGAUCUUAGCUACUACACUUUGUUAACAAAAAGAAGGGGUCUCUUCAAUUCCGACGCUGCUUUAACUACCGACUCGACUAGCGUGGCGCUCAUCAACCAGCUUCUCUCGAACCCUCCGUCCUUCUUCUACGCUCAGUUUGCUAAAGCCAUGGAGAAAAUGGGUCGGAUCAACGUCAAAACCGGAUCCCAAGGACAGAUAAGGAAGCAAUGCGCUUUUGUCAACAGUUAAAAUCUUCUUUUUUCUUCUUUUGUUCAUGUGAUGAGUGAUGAAUAAUUGAGCUCACUGUUUUCUUUUCUUUUGAUGUGAUCUUUUGGGUAACUGAGCUCAUUUAAUAAUGUUAACUGUGUUGUGUAUUUACCUGGAUUGUUGAAAAACUAAUUAUUAAUUUAUCAGCUUUUCCUUUCA